AUGAAACAAGCUGAAGAGUCGACCCUCCGCGCCUUCAGGGACUACCAGCAAAGCCCCUUAGAGUGGCUGAGCGCCCGUUCUGGCAGCACUGGAAAGCGUUCGGUCGUGGACGCCGCGCAGUUCUUCUCCAAGCCAGAACCAAGCUUGCACAACGCAGAGCCACUUUGGCACGUCGGUGGGCCGACACGCCACACGCCAGAGCAGUCGCUGGUCAUGGGUUUGGGCCAGCGCGUCAACGCCGGCCGCGUUAUUUCCUUGCGGCUUAGUAUGGCGCUUGAGCUGCCCGUCUUGACGGUGGACUGCAUUGGGCCGUUCCAUCCGUUUGGUCCUGCGCUGGUGGCGAGCGGAGGCCAUCCGACAGCCACCCUGCCUCCAGAUCCUCAAGCACAAGGCAGCACUAGUACUACCGGCCGCCAAUCCAGGCACCAGCAGCACCAGCAGCAAGACGGCGGGCGGACGGCGCGCGUCGAGCUGUUUGACGGGAACGCGGUCGACAAUCCAAGCAGCAAUCCAGCCGACUCGCGCGACGACGAGCUGUUUGUGGCAGGUCGGACUGUCAUCUGGAGCUCGGCGCGCGUCGUGCGCAAAUCCGUGACGGUCGACGCAGACAUCAAGCAAGCCUGCUGGGCCACGUUCGUGCUGAGCACUGUCGACGGCGCGCUGGCUGCUUCUGCCGCGUCAGAGCAUCAUCAACAAGGUGCUGCACAUACCCGAGCAUCCGAAGUUGCAGAUGAAGUCGUUCAGUCGAGUUUGUCGCGAAAACUCCCGCUCAGUGAACAAAUUCCCGUCAAGUGUCUGUGCGUGCUGCAGCACGCACAUAUCGACAUUUUUGCCAACGACGGCCAAGUCUUUGCCGUCCCAUUGCCUUCACCUAUUGUGCGAAUGCUGCCGCUUGCUGUUGGCAUGCUUCUUCAAGCACAGCCACCGAAAAAAUCACGAGCAGCAGCGCCGUCCAAGAGCGCGCUUUACAGCCUUUUGCACCCGUUGUCGAGCAUCGCUGCGGUUCAGGCUCGAGACAAUCCCGUUCUCGCUCCAAGCCCCACACUUCUUGCUGCAGCAGACUGCAUUGCUGCGUUUUCCUCUCUUCCCGUCUGUGUUUCACAAGACCGCAACAACCCCAGUCAGCAUGUUGUUUGGCACAUUGGCGGCUCGGUCUCAGCUCCUGGCAGCGUGUCAGACUUGUGCCUGACACGAAUUUGGACGGGGUCGCUCAAGGGUGUCACGGAGCGCUCGAGUGCACUCUUGUGCUGCAACGACGCCUUCAAGUCUCACUUUACACUGUACUUGCUUCGCAAUGGGCCCGAAGAAUCCUCGACAGUCGUCGCCUUGAAGCUCGUCAACGAUCCAAGCAAUGCAAACCAACCCAUCGCACCAGCCGGAGAACCAACACACCUCACAGACUGCACCUCCCACGCUGUAGCAAUACCGAGUCUUCUCACACCCUUCCCCAUGCAUUUUCCAAGGUUUGGAGGCAGCACUGGUGGGCUGCACGGGUCAUCACCGAGCGUUUACGUCGUACCUCAAGAUUUGCUCGUGGUUCAACGCGACGGAAGUCUCCGGGUCUGGUCGUCCUGCACUCCCAUUGCUUCCAUCUCGCUGGCCGACAUUUGCACGGACAAGCUGGCUGAUGUCGAACAUGCGGUCGAUGAUCGUGUCAGUUUGCGCUUUGCCAAUGGCCAGGUAAUGCGCGUGAGCGUCCCGACGUUGCGGAUUGCGCCUCUGCCGAUAGCCACAGCCUACGCCGCCUUGGCGAACGCCCUACCCGUUCCAUCGCUCCGUGCCAUCGGUGUGACGCUUCUGGAGCAAUCGCGCCGCCAUCUCCGCAAGGCCACUGUCUCAACCCCGCAAGACAGGUGGGCAAUGUUUUGGAGCGCAGUGGUUUCCAGCAUACUGGCACUGCCCGUGCCCGCUGCUGCAGCAGGCCUCGCCGAGUCUGACUGGGACGCCAUGGUGUCAUCUCACGCGUCGCAAGCUCUCCGUCUGGAUGCUUUGGGCUCAAUCCCCGUUCCAUUCAAGCCUCCAUCAUCCCUGCCGGCAGUGCCGAUCGUGCCGUCUUCGUUUAACGCUACCCCGGAGCAGAGCGCCGUGCUCGAAGCCGCAUUUAUUCUACUGCAUGCUUGCUACGAGGAUUUGAAGCUUGACACGCUUCUCAAGGACUAUCUCCCGGCGAUGGCGCAAAGUCUGACAUCGACGGCGCUCUUUCUUGGCCAGCGCGUUCUGGUUGACUACUACCUGCGCGAUUUUCCUCAUCUCGAGGUUGCCACAUCCCCUCUCAAAGGCGUUGUCGCAUCCCGGCGUCUCACUGACCUCCUCCCUUGUUGGCUGAAUUCGCUCGAAGAGUUGGUGCGAUGUGCUACCAAUCGGCGGCAGACAGCUCCCAAAGACCCCGUCGCAGCCAUGCUUGCGGCUCUGAAAUCAGUCGCUGGUUCUGCUCCGAACGGCAUGACUGCAGAGCAAAUUCUCGGUCGACUAUUGCCAUUGCACCAAGCGAUGCAACUCUACGCCCGCUGGCUGUCGUCGCAGGAUGGCCCGACCAAUAAUGGCGCCACCACGUCCGUUUUCAGCAUCCUGCAGCUUCUGGCUUCGGCUGGCGUUUCCCUGACAGACAUUGAUUGCAUGCCUCUGAGCGUCAGCGUUGCACUCCAGCACGUGCUUGCCCGUGGUCGGGAAGCAGCAGAGUCGUCCUGGCCGAAACCCAUUCUCGAACUCGUGGAACGGCGCGACAUUUUGCGGCAAAUCUCGCCUCAGCCGUUCUCGAACGGCUCGACUCCUCCUCAGGCAACCAACUGGUCGAGUGCUGUGGCGAAUCCAGACGGGUCUUCUCGAUUUGGAAACGACCAUCGCCUGAGCGAAGUUGCGCGCUUGCUGCAAACCUCCAAGCCUUUGCGCAUCAGCGUGAAGCAGCGCCCCGAGAUGAGCGAUCACGACUUUGUGCAAGAGCAGCAAAUGCGGCUCGUGUUUCGAGGCCACCGCGCCUUGGCGACGUGUGCUGGAGCUGGCGUUCUCGCGAUGCACACCCGCCGCCCAGGUGCCACCGAAGCGCUCGUCACCCCACCCAUCAACCUCAAGGGACACGUUCCUCGCAACAACUCGAUGAUUGUCUUGGACAAGGCGUACGAAUUCACGCCCGUCCAAAUGAUGUGGCCCUGCUUCCACUCUGGCGUCGCGUCCAGCUUGCGAAUCGCCCCGCAUUCGUCGGCCAUCAACUCUGCCUGGAUUUUGUAUCACGUGCCACCACCUGCAGCAGGCCGAGCAACGUCUCCCGAGGAGCUCAACACCCAGGCCGUGAAUGCAGGCUUUUUGAUGGGGCUCGGUCUAAACGGCUUUUUGCACCAACUCCCACCAGUGCACCUGUUUGAAUACUUGGCGCAAAAGCACGACCCGACCAGCAUUGCCGUGUUGAUUGGAUGCUCGGCAGGACAGCGCGGAACGAUGGACCCGUUCGUGACGCGCAUGCUCACCGUCCACUUUCCUCCGUUGCUCCCGUCCAACAGCAGCGAUCUGGAAAUCUCCACCACCGUUCAAUCGGCAGCCGCCAUUGGAUUUGGUCUGCUGUAUCAGCGUUCUGCCAAUCGACGCAUUGCCGAUGUGCUUUUGAACGAGACGCUCGUGUUGCGCCGCGGUUUGGAUCCCAGUGAAAUUGAGGCCUACUCGUUGUCUUGCGGACUGGCCUUGGGCAUGGUGCUGCUCGAGCAUGGUGCAACGCCGACGCCGACGCCGACGUCGACGACGACAAGCGAGGCGAGCGGCGACUCGCACCAGCGCGGUGCCUCAGAAGAGCUCGAAUCGCUGGCCAACAUGGGCUUGGUUGAUCGCCUGCUGAACGGCGUGAUUGGCGACGCGCCAACCGAUCCGAUCACGUUGUCUGACACGUUCGGAUCUGCCCAGCUCCGCUCCUGCGAGGGUCGCAACUUUGGCCUGGUCAGUCGCUCCUCGGCGGCGUUCUGGGAGCGCGAUGGGCAGACCCGGCAGUUUGGCCGCAGCUCCAAACACAACAACGCCAGCUCGCUGUUGCUGACACCCGCUGGCGAUGAGUUUGAAAAGCUCGAGCGAGAAAACGCCAUGCGUGUCAUUCCGCCACAUCUCACCCCCGUCAACCCGAUGGUGGCGGCGCCUGGCGCCCUGAUGGCCCUAGCCCUCAUCUUUUUGAAGAGCAACAACGCCAGCGUUGCCAACCGCAUUCCCAUUCCGACCACUUCAACUCAGCUGGAUGGCAUGCACGCGGAUUUGAUGCUGUACUGCGUGCUUGCCAAGUCCCUCAUCAUGUGGGAUUCAGGAAUGUGCCGAAAUUUGUGCGCGCCGCAACUUGUGCGCGCCGCAACCGCCGUGGAGCAGUCCAUGUUUACAUCACCACUACCGGCGUAUACUCCCAGUCCGGAUGCCGCUGUGGAUGGCGCGAUGCGGGCAGAGUCGCCAAAGUCGUCAAAGCACCACGGGCAGCAGCAGGAAGAGCCAUUAGCAGCAGCAGCAGCAGCAGCAGCAGCAGCUCCGCUUUCGAAAUUAAAGCAACUAGAAGCAAUGGCAGAAUUCGCGCAACGAGCCGCUGACGCCAAGCGCCAAGCAAUGGACGAGGCCGCCUCCAGCAUGAACCUGUCCCAGAGCCGCAUCGACCGCGUGGCUGCCAUCAAUGCACACUGCUACAGCAUCGUCGGCGCCUGCUUGGCCAUCGCGCUGCGGCAUGCGGGCUCGUGCAACCAAACCGCUCUGGUGACGCUCAUGCGCUACGUCAAGUUCUUCCAGCAGCUGUUUGACACGUGUCCUGCUGGAGAGCGCAAGAAUGUGCGGACGUGCUUGCAUGCAGUUGCCACCGCUGUGGCUGUCGUGAUGGCUGGAAGCGGCCAUUUGGAUGUGCUGCGCAUGCUGCGCAAGCUGCACGUGACGUGCUCGAUGGACGUCACCUAUGGCAUGCACCAGGCAACCCACAUGGCGAUCGGCAUGCUGUUCAUGAGUCAUGGCACGGAGAGCUUUGGCACGUCGGGCGAGUCGGUUGCUGCGCUCCUGUGCUGCAUCUACCCGCGGUUCCCGCAGCUGCCACGGCAUGGGCAGUACCAUCUGCAGGCUCUGCGCCAUUUCUAUGCUCUGGCCGCCGAGUCUCGAGUGAUUCAGGUCCACGACGUCGACUCUGGCGCCACCGUUGCUUGCGUUCGAGCAGAGUUCCGUCCCGUUGCCACAUCGACGUCUGGGCCGUCGCAUACUCCCGAGAGCGUGGUGGGCGACACCCCUUCUGUUGCGCCAGAGCUGCGCUUGCUCCAAUGCAUCAAAGUCUUGGAUACUCCUGAUGGUCCCUUCUAUCCGCACACGGUGGACCUGUCUACACCCGAGGCGCUUGCCCGAUUCCGGGAAACCAACAUCAUUUAUGCAAUGCGCCGCAAGCCACUUACGCUGGAUGGCAUGAAUCACAAGCAAGGCAAUGCGCCGCUGGACGGGCUGGGUGUUGCGCCAUUUUCCGCGCUGGCCCCUGCCGGCGCGUCCUCCUUCCACGGGAUUGAGCCGGCGCACCUGCUGGCGCUACCUUCUAACAGCAGUGUGCCCCACUGGCGAACCGUGCAGUCUGUCGCUUUGCUGGGCGACCAGCCUGCGCUGUUGGAUGCUUGCAGCCUUGACGUCUCGCGGAUGCUGGAGCACGACCGCUUGGCCACGGCCCAGCGUAUUUUGCGUGCUUCUCUGGCCACCAGCUCCAACAGCCACUGGGCGAGCACCUUCUUCCGGAUUCACGAGGCAUUUGGCGCUUUGGCGGUGGUUCGUCGAGCCGAGGCUGCCAAGCAAAGUGCCAGCACUCCCUUCCAAAGCUCGUUAACGUUGCGACAGCUGCGCCUUGUGCUGGAUGUGCUCGAGUACACCCUCAAAUGGCAGCACAAUGCGUUCCCGGAAAGUGUGCUGGCCUCGAUUCGCGCAGAGCUCGCCCACCAGCUCGCCCCCUCCGAAAGCGUGUCCAGCAAAACGCAACGCCUUGUGCAGAGCUAUGCAAAUCGGAGCAUUUCCCUCUCCAGCGUUGCGGCGGCCAAUCGUCGAGAUCUCCAGCUGGUCUGCGACUACCUCGCCUUCCACGAAAGCGUCACUGGGUCGCUGGCCCUUCCUGCAAGCGCUGGCUCGAUGCAAGCUCAGCAACUUCAAGCUCAGUUGCAGCGCGCACUCGAUACCGCUCUGGCAUGAGGUGCGAUGGAGUGAGAUGUCAAAACGUUCGACACACUUACCUUUUUCUGUUUGACGAAAUGCCGCCUGUCUUUCAAGAGCAGCACUUUAAUAUUUGUUGGAGAUCUUGCUUCAUCGUAAACACCAUGAGUAUAGUAC